GUCUGAACGUAUCUGUCCACCAUGCCGAUGACGUUACUCAACACUGAGAAAAAACUAAAAUUGACCGAAGAAAAUUGUAAUCACAGGACAUAACUUUACGACGACGACUCGUUUCAAUGGAUACGAACGCCAGCAGCAGCAGUAGCAGCAGCAGCAGCAGCAACAGCAGCAGCAGCAGUGGCAGCAACAGCAACGAUGAUCUGCCAAACAUUAAGCAGAGGCCAGCUGAGGGCGAAGAAGCGUCUGUCCCAAUGGAUACGCUGGAGCCGCCACCGAGCAGCAGCUCGAAGACGUUGAAGCGCUGCCUCAGCGUGCCUAUAAUACGCACGCUGUCGGGCAAACCGACACCGACGCCAACGCCGAUGACGACACGGGCCGCCGCCGCAGCAGCCGCUGCUGCCAGGGAGCAGACACCAAAGAAGCUGCAACAGCAGCAGCAGCGUCCCGAGUUCAGUCUCAGCACAGCGGCUGGCAUCGAUUGCUUUGGCAAGAAUAUCCACAUUCGAUCGCAGCCCAGCUCCCGUGAGGUGUCGCCGGCUCCGAUGUUCAAUCUGUUUACGCCACGUGCGCGUCGCUAUUCUGCCAGCUACAGUCCGGCUCUAGGCGGUGGUGGUGGUGGGGCUGGUGGUGUUGGUGCGGGUGGUGCAACAAUUGGCCAGUCGGCACUGUGUUUAACACCACGCGUCUCACAGCUGCGGCAAGAGGAGUGCGCGGAUCUGAACAGUCGCGAGGUGAAUCAUGAGCGGGAGGUGCAUCGCGAGAUACAGAUCUCUCAGAGCUGGGAGGAUCUGACACUAGUCGCCGAGAAUUGGUCGUGCAAAUCGGAUGAGUUCUCCAAUCCGCUGCAAGUCGUCCUGCCACCGACGGGCGGCAGCAGCAACAGCACCAGCUGCUCCAGUCCCAGUCCCACCAACAAUCGAGCGGGAAUCCGUCUGCCGUAUUCACCAUCGCCGACACGUCGUACAUUCUCCACACGGCGCUCGAUGUCGCCCAUACCGAUGCGACCCUCAUCUUUGGGUCCCGUCAAGCGCAAAUUUGAGUUGGAUGACAAUAAUCCAGGCGUCAGCAACUGGAGCGUCUACUCGCCACCGCCAAAGAAGAUCUUCACCGACAGUCGCGGCUCGUCGCCCGUGUGCCAAUCGCCGUCAUCCGUGUGUCCUAGUCCCGAUUCGGGCACUUACGAUGGACGCAACACGCCCAAGCUCUUCAUAUCGAAGCUGUGCACCAACAACAAUGCCGGCGGCGGCAGUGGGAAUAACAACAACAGCAGCAGCAGCGGCUGCCCCUCGCCAGUAUCCGCCUCGCCGAGCAGCAUUCUGCCCGUAAAUGGCCUGGAUGGCAUGUGCCUGGCAGGCAGCAACAGCAGUCAGAGCCAGAGCAUCGAUGAGGGCAUCUCGAUAGCGGAGAGCGAGCCAAACACUUGUCGCAGUCGCACCUCGUCCAUAUUGUCGACGGCAUCGUGUAGCAGUGUGCUUGGCGGUGGUCCCCAAUUGCUUGUCAACGACAUGGUUGACGAUGCCACACUGAUGGAUGAUGCCAAGAGCGAGACGUCGUCAAUUGGCGGCUGUUCGACAGUCAGCAUUGAAUCCUCCUCCUGCGACAGUGGCGCCAAGGCGGCAACAUUUCUAAAUCGGCUUGCCGUCGACGAUGGCGGCUCGCCAAUUGGCCAGAAGAGUUUCUACAUCAAUAAGCAGGGCUUCUCCGGGGCCAAGAAGUUCAUUGUGAACCAUGAGAAACUGGGCACAUCGCUGGAGCCGAGCAAGGUCAACAAAAUGGAUGUCCAGCAAAAGCUUUAAGCGAUCGCAAUCGCAAAUGUACCAUAGAUCGAACUGCAGCUGCUGCUUGUACCCUGUAAUUUGUAUAUGCUGCUGCUGCUGCCGCCCCUAGUUAUUAGCAAAAAGAAAGAAAUAGAAACAAAUACGUAGCUCUAUAUAUAUAUAUAUAUUUGGCACCAAUCAAGCGUUAUUCUUACCCAGCACCCACCCAAUAUCCCGAGCUUUACUUAGUUCGACUUAGCCGUAAGCAUUGUACAUAAUUAAGUUCGUAAAACACCACAUCUUUUCUACAUUUGCAUAUCAUCAGAAUAACUUUUGCCUUCCUUCUCCAUAACAAUAGUAUCUUUGUAUCUUAUGUAGCUCAUUAAUUAACUAGCAACAUGUGUUUUUAAUAUGUUUAUUGCGCAAAUCGAUCGAUUCUUUAUGUAUAUGUCUCAACCUCACAACUUUCACUUUACCAAUGUCCUUUCGAUAGAUAAUAUAUGAGAUAUGAUAUGAUAUAUACUUAUGAAAUGGAAAUCACCUUUAAUGUAUAUUUACGUAUUAAGCUCUAUUUACGCUACACUUAGUUGUUAGUUCGCUUAGAUGAUAGUAUCAAUCCAAUUUUUGCCAAAUAUGUUUCUUAUAUAUAUGUAUAUUCACGUAUGUAUUAUGUAUAUAUGUGCGAUCGAUUUAUAACAGACAGAUUGACUGCAGUCUUUGUCUUGUAUGCGAAUUUAAAUACUUAGCUUCAAAAUGUUAUUUUUUGGAUGAACAAGAAAACAAUAAUAAACAAGUUUUUUUCAAUAGAUUAAAAACGAGA